AUGCUCCUCCGAAAUCUCACCAUAACACGCUGCAACUGGAAGGCACCAAUAGCGCUACCGGAAAAACUAGCCGAACGACGCGCCGCCUUCCUCGCCCGCGCGACGGGCCCGCAGCUCAAGCGGCUCUGCCAGAAGCCCCAGCUUUCAGAUAGAGACGCAGCCUUACUGGACGUCUGGCGGCGCCUCGCGCCGCGCCACGCCGUCGCGCGGCGCGUGAUUACCGAUAUUGGUAUCGAACCAGCGAACGCCUUGGUCGUGGGAGCCGGCGCGGCGACGGUCGCGGCGCUGCCUUCAUUUACGAAGUGUACGAUGGUGGAGGCCACGCCGGAAAGGGAGGCCGCUGCUCAACAGCUGCUCGACGACCCGGGGAUCGAGUAUCUCUCAAAUCUAGCCGCGGUCGCCACGCGCGAGCCCUCGCCCGAACAGGUCUUUGAUUUCGUGAUCGCGACGGACCACUUCGUCAACUGUGAUGACCCGGAGACGCACCUGGCCGUGCUCUGGGGCUGCGUGGCCGAAAAUGGUCUGCUGGCCCUGAUCGAACGGGAGUCUACACCAAUACGUGAGGCGCGCUCCAGACUCAUGAGCGAAGGCACGCCCCUCGAGCCGAGCACGUCGGAGCUAUUGCCCCAAUGCUUCGCGGAGCCGCUGGCGGGCCCGCCGCCGCGGUCGACGCGGAAAGCCGACGCCGGGACGGCCCUCAAGCGGCGGGCCCAGCGCGUCGAGAAGUUCGCGAGCUGCGUCGUAAGGCGCGGCGGCGGCGUCGAAGGCGGGCGCCGCCGCCGCGCGAUCGUCACGGCGACGCCGCUGAAGCGCGCCGGCCACGUCGUCGUCGACGCGCGCGACGACCUGGGCGCGGAACGGCGCCUGACGCUGUCGCGCGCGCGGCUGCGCGAGGCGGGGACGCCGUUCAAGGACGCGCGGCGCCUGACCAUCGGUUCAGUGUUGUCUUGGGACGAGUAA